AUGAUGACGACGACGGCGGCGGCAACGCGUGGACCAAACCAGACGGCCUCUCUGGACAGCACCAAUGCCCAUUCUCCCGCCGGGCAGCAGUCAUCUUCUCAAUCGAGCACCUCUCUGACAGACGUCCAGAACCAUCACAUGCGCAGCUCUCCACCAAUCCAACCCGGCGAACAAGCUUUUCCCGGCAAACUCCCAUCCUUCUCCGAGUUUCUUCACACCACCCGCACGACCACACCUCCAAGGACACCGCAGCGCCGCAAUGGCUCGACAGACAGCUCCCCUCACGCACCGCCCCACUUUGACGAGAUUGCAUGGGCCGACAGCAAGCGCAGGCGUGUAGAUACGCUUGGUGACAUUUACGCCCGUGGUAGCAUUGACCAGUCUUUUGCUGAGCCUCGCCGCAUGAGCGCCAUUGACCCAGCCCUUUCUGGUUACCAGCAUGCCGCACCCCCUGUACCAUCCGUCUACUCUCACCGCCCAAGUCCGUCGUACCCACCACCGCACCAACAGGCACCCCCGAUGCAUCCUCAUGUUCGCCAUCAGUCGUCUCCGGCUCCCCAAGGCCACAUUCCCUUUGCGCAGCCCUCCGCACACGCGCCCAUUGCUCAAAGCGCCUACCAACCCCCCAUGGGCCAGCAGAGCUAUUACCACGACCACCAAGCCCCGGCGUACAGCAGCUAUGAUCGGCCACAGGAUUCCUUCUACCCCCGGCCUGCUUAUUCCGGCUACGAUGCGCCCUAUGGCGACAUUCGCUUCCAGCACAAUGUUGGCCUCGACCACAACGCCUUCAACAGGAAGCGAAGGGGAAACCUCCCCAAGGAGGCGACCAACCUGCUCAAGGAUUGGUUUGCGGCGAACCGACAGUCUCCUUACCCGACCGAAGACCAGAAGAUGGAGCUCUGCAACCGAACUGGCUUGAGCUUGAAUCAGGUCUCCAACUGGUUCAUCAACGCACGUCGCCGGGCCCCACAGAAGGAGCAACGCGAACGCGAAGCCAACGGGCCUGAGGCGUAG